AUGGGUUUCUCUGUAGACAAUCUAAAAGGAUUCAUUUUGGCUUUGUUGUCAAGUCUAUUUAUUGGUGCUAGCUUCAUUAUUAAAAAGAAAGGCCUUAGAAGAGCUGCUGCAGCUUCUGGUGUUAGAGCUGGUGUUGGUGGGUUCUCAUAUCUCUUAGAGCCACUAUGGUGGUUGGGCAUGAUCACAAUGAUUGUUGGAGAGGUUGCAAACUUUGUUGCAUAUGCAUUUGCUCCAGCAGUUCUUGUUACCCCUCUUGGUGCAUUGAGUAUUAUAGUCAGUGCCGUAUUGGCUCAGUUUAUCUUGAAUGAGAAGUUGCACCAACUAGGGAUCUUGGGUUGUGUGAUGUGCAUUGCUGGUUCUGUUGUAAUCGUGAUCCAUGCACCACAGGAGGUCCCUAUAACUUCUGUUCAGGAAAUAUGGAGUAUGGCAACUCAACCAGCCUUUUUGAUUUACGUGGCCUCAGUGGUUGUGUUGGUUUUCAUUCUGAUCUUUCAUUUUGUUCCACAAUGCGGGCACUCGAAUGUGUUGGUGUUCACUGGCAUCUGUUCAUUGAUGGGUUCUCUUUCGGUAAUGAGUGUUAAGGCCCUUGGAACUGCUCUGAAAUUAACGUUUGAAGGAAACAACCAAUUACUCUACCCAGAGACAUGGUUCUUUGUGUUUAUUGUGGCCACAUGUGUCAUCACACAAAUGAAUUAUCUAAACAAGGCGCUUGAUACGUUCAAUACUGCAGUCGUUUCCCCCAUUUAUUAUGUCAUGUUCACAUCACUUACAAUUCUAGCCAGUGUAAUCAUGUUCAAGGAUUGGGAUGACCAAAGUGUGGGAAGCAUUAUAUCAGAAAUAUGUGGCUUCCUUGUUGUCCUCUCAGGGACCAUCCUAUUACACACAACCAAAGACUUUGAAAGAAGUUCAUCCUUUAGAGGUAGCUAUGCAACUUUAUCCCCUACGUUAUCUGCCCGACUCUGCAGUGGAAAUGGGGAAUUUAUGAAGCAGGAGGAAGAAAAUCUGUCACCUGCUGAAUGCAAAGAGAGUGAUCAGAAGAGCCAGAAACCUAUUUUAGUGAAGAAAGGUUUGAAGAGACUCUAUGCCCUGCAAUUGAUUUAUUGGAAACUUGAGCUCUAUGAAAGAGGAGAACAAGGUGUCAUUGUUUGGAACAACGUGAAAGAAAGAGAAGAACAAAGUGCCACCGUUUUGGAUCGCCAUUCGUCUUCUCUUCUGCAAUACACAACGCGGGCGCACAGGGCACUCGCGCAGAAGGAGUGCAGCAAAAUAAAAAAAAUGGAAGCAAAGUUAGGGAAGGUGGUUGAGUCCAUCACCAACUUCUUCGCCGGUGCUGAUCAGAUCCCCUGGUGCGAUCGGGACAUCAUCGCUGGGUGUGAGGAAGAGGUUAUUGAAGCUGAAAAAGGUUCUUCCUCCGAUGAGUUUAAGAAUGAAUGUAUCAUGCGCUUUUCAUGGGCACUUGUUCACUCAAGACAACCAGAAGAUGUACAUCGCGGCUUAGCUAUGCUUGAGUCUUCACUGGGCAGCACUACCAGCCCUCUGAAACAGAGAGAGAAGCUUUAUCUUCUAGCUGUUGGUUAUUAUAGAAGUGGUGACUAUUCAAGGAGUAGGGAGCUGGUGGAAGAAUGUUUAAAGAUGGAGCCCGAAUGGAGACAGGCACAAUCCCUUAAGAAAGCAAUUGAAGACCGGAUCAAGAAAGAUGGUGUGAUUGGCAUAGGCAUUGCUGCUACUGCUGUUGGACUAGUUGCUGGUGGGAUUGCUGCAGCUUUGGCACGUAGGAAUUGA